AUGUAUUAUAAAUUACAGAAACGUAUCGGUCUGUAUUCCGUACAAAGUAUGGGGUCCUGCAGCCCAACGGUCUUCCGGUUGGUCAAUUCCACACCUGUCACGCCAGCUGGUUGGCCAAUGUGGCCUCCGCUUUCCCCGGUCCCGGUUUUACGGAGUACGGAAUACAUACGCAGUACGAUACGGACGGAGUACGGAGUAGUAUCAUCUCACAAUAACAAGUUUGGUGGCGACUUCGAUUUCCACUCCCGUACUACUACGACUUUACUGUUACUGCUACGUCCUUACUACUAUUUUAUGCUUCCGCCGGAACGGGAAAAAGGAAAUAAUUUUUUCAAUUGA